AUGCUCAAGAAUGCUUUACACGCACCAACCUUCCCGGCGAGUCUGUUCUCAGUACGUGCAGCCACUGAUGAGAAUGCGAAGGUCGUCUUCACCAAAGAUACAGCUAAACUCAUCGCCAACCAUACUCGAUUCAACAUCCAUAAGCAAGGUUGCCUUUAUUACCUACCGACAGUUACGAAUGACACAGCGAGCAUAACCAGAUCUCUUGCUGAUUGGCACAAAGCUCUUGGCCACAUGAACAACGAGGACAUUCUCAAACUAGAGUCUUUCACUCGCGAAAUGAAGAUCACAGAAACCAAAAGCAAACAAUCGUGCACCACAUGCAAUGAGCAUAAGAUGACAAAGUUACCAAAGUCCCAAGAUGAUCCUCCCGUAUGCUACGCACCACUUGAACGAGUACACACUCAUGUUUGUGGACCAAUCUAUCCAGUUCCACGAGAAGGCUACAAGUAUAUUAUCAACUUCAUUGACGAAUUCUCAAGCAUGCUCUUCGUCUACUUCCUACGUUUCAAAGACGAAGCAUCUCAAGCAUUGAAAAAAUUCCUUGUUCAUGUGGCCAAGAUUGGGCGCGCCCACAAGAAAUCCGCAGUGAUAACGGCGGAGAAUACAUGGGUCAAGCCUUCCAACAAAUCCUACUCGAUAACAGCAUCAAACAUACCACCACAGCACCACACUCUCCAUAUCAAAACGGCAAAGGGAAAUAAAUCGAAAUUACAGCAGAGAGGAUUCCCUGGGGUCUAUCUUGGUGUCAACCCAAUGAGCCAGGGUUAUUUCAUCCUAAACCUAAAGAACCAAGGAGUGAUUACAACACGAAAUGCCCACAUUGAAGAUAUCAUCUUCGAAAAACCAGCUACAGGAGUAUCACCGCCGCAGCCAGACCAUCUCGAAUUGCCCGACACCUCCGCGAUCAAGGACGAGCCAAAUACAAAUGAAAAAGAACCACGACUAGCUGAAACCGAGGAAAAUUCAUCCGAUGCAAAUGCAGAACGCCCACGACGCGAUAUACGUCCACCAAAACGCUUUGCAGACUAUUACUUGACAGUCAACGUCGACUACGCCUAUGCUGCCGUGCCCAUUAUACCCACUUCUUAUGAAAAAGCAGUUAACUCAGAAAACGCCAAAUUACGGAAAGCUGCCAUGGUUGCGGAAAUCCAGACUCUCGAGCAGAAUCAGACGUGGGACUAUCCCCUUUGCCACAAGGUAGAACCGAACCAAAAGGACGAUGGGUAUACACAAUCAAACAAGGAAAGUCCGAAAGUGAAGUGCAAUAUAAGGCUCGAUAUGUCGCAAAAGGGUACUCACAAACCCAAGGUGUCGACUACGAUGAGACAUAUUCACCAACAACUCGCUUCACAUCAAUUCGAGCUUUACUACAAAAAGCUGCUAACGAAGGUCUACACUUACAUUAAAUGGAUGUGA